UCACAUGACAGUCGAAUUUCGGCUGAAACGUUAAGAGAAAUCGAGAGGAGAAAGUGAGACAAUCAUCAUGAAAUUUGCUAUAGUAGGUGCAACAGGAGGCUCAGGACUAUGUAUAGUAAGGCAGGCAUUAGAUGGAGGCCAUGAAGUAACAGCAAUUGUCAGAAAUAAGGCGAAACUGGAAGAUAUUCAGCACGAUAGCUUCAAGGUUGUUGAAGGAGAUGUCUUCUCGGCAGAGAGCCUUCAACCCCACUUUGAGGGAUGUGAUGCGGUGUUUUCCUGCCUGGGAUCACAGUCACUCAUCUACAGUACGACCAUCUACUCUGCUCCUAUGAGGGCCAUCGUCACGGCGAUGAGAGGUGCUCAGGUCAAGAGGAUCCUCAUGAUGUCAUCCUGGUAUGUCAAAGUUGAUCCCGAUGACGACCCUGGUUACAUGGCUCGUUGGGUCGUCCGGUCAAUGCUGAGUAAACCGUUAGCUGAUUUGACCGUCAUGGAACAGUUUCUGGAAGACGAGGGUCAGGAUAUAGACUACACCAUUGUCAAACCACCUCACCUCAUUGAUGGACCCAGUACAGGUCAGGAGAUCGUAGUUGAGAUCGGUCGUCAGUUUUGUGACACUCAAAUCAGAAAGAUGUCGAGAGCAGACGUUGCUAGGUUCAUGCUAGCAAACGUCAAGACCGAAGAGCACUUCAAGAAAGCUUUGGCCAUCGGAAUCAAGAGUUAACCCGUUUCUUUGUCUUUUUCUCAUUUGUUAUUCUUUCUCAAAGAGAUUCCUAAUUAUUUAUGUAAAGUAUCCAUGAGUGAGGCUUUUGUUAGGGUUUUAUGGUGUAUUUUGGGGGUCGGGUUAGGGUGAGGUAAAGUGGUUGGUCCAGGGUUAAAGUAAAGAAUUUUGUAAAUGUAAGAAAUUUAAGGGGUUUUUUUUUUUUUGGGGGGGGGGGGAGCUAUUGCCUAUUCGGCCUAUUUUCUGAUCAGCCCUUGUAGGCCUUGUAUGUUCCAACUCACUGCCAAUAAUUAUAGAAAUUCAUGUACCUGUGUUUUAUUUUAUUUUUUUGUUCCUAUUUGUGAAACUAUGACCCAUUUGAAAUGGGGAGGGUACAUUUGGAGCUCUAUUUGAAUACAAAUCUGCAAACUUUCACCCAACUUUUGUUGCAAGGGUAGAUGAUUUGUGUAGAGAUGGGGACAUCUUUUUAUGUGACAGCUAUGUUUUUAUAAACACAGUCCUAUUGUUGUUUCUAAUAAUAGUAAUACAAAUAAUAUGUAAAUGUUCUGCUUUUAUUUUAUUAUUGAAAUAUCUGUUUAUUUUUUGCAUCAUCUGAAAUAAUAUAAACAUAUUUAAUUUUCAAACUUAUGUCAAAUAGUUGGUAAAUAACUCUAACACUAUGAUGGCCAUUUUAUCUCCUACCUUGUUAUACUUUUGCAAUAUAAAACUGCCAUACUUUUAAAGCAUUGUUAUGUUGUCAUCUGAUAUGUUAUUUUAGAAGAACUUGUGGUACAUAUUUAGCAGGACCAUGGUCCCAUAUUUGACCGGAGGCAGGUCAUGCAAUUUUUAAAGCACAAUCCCAUAUAACAUGAUUCACAUUUAUGUAAUGAUAUACAGUUUGUACAAGUACUUUGAAAGAUUGUGUUACAGUUAUAGGACGACAUAAUAUCGUACCAUAAAUUUAGUUGAUAUUGAAUCAUCCAUUGUUAAAUUUGAGAAUUACAAGAAGUAGGUAGUAUUCAAUAUAGAUAUAUACAUGUACAUACUAGAAGUCGUCUACUACUAAUACUACUAGUACUAUAUAAUACAUGUCUGUACUGUGAGAGGAGACUAAAGUGUUCUAAAGGCAGGGUAUUUUACCAACAUCGCUACCACUGCUGUAAUGUAAAUUCAAUUGCGCCAUUAUUUGAUGAAUGUUUUUAAAUCAGAAGAUACAUUAAUAACUUGGUCAACGAUUUGAAUACCAAGGGUGGGUCUUUCAUUCUGGAAAAGAGGCUCUAAGAUUUUGUUUAUGUUCAGGAACAUCACAUAUCGUCUAACAUUUGAAAAGGUAAAGAAAUUUAUUGACCAUGAAAAGGACAUUAAAAUGGGUUCGAUAACCCCCCCCCC